CGCUUCGGCGAGAUGCUGGCUAUAAAAUCAAUAAUUGUGACGAUAGAUAAAUGAUCCAUUGUUUCAGCCAAACGCUGCCUCCCUAUUUUGAGAAGAACAAAAAUAUAAAACCAAAGAAUUUAAAUCGGACUCUUCUUUCUGUAAGUCUAGAUAAUAUUUCCAACUGAAUCUCCACCUCUUGCCCAAAUCCAAUCCACCAACCCAGAGGCUCUAAAUCCAAAAAGAUUUUUAUCUUUUUCUUGCCUUUGGGAUUGCACCAGCAAGCAGCAGCCCGUCACCAUUUCAUGAUCUCUGUCCAAGAUUUUCUUGCACAUAUUUAAUUAUUUGUUCGGUUAAAUUUAUUAAGAGGAUAUCUGCAUAUAUCCUCAAAGUUGUGAUCUUUAUGUACAUUAGAUAUUUUGCAAGAAAAGUUUAAUCUUUGAACGCUCAAUUGCGAAUUAUUUUGUGGGGUAUGGGUUUUCUUUGUGAUACACAGAAAAAUGAUGGUGGUGUUGGAGGUUUGAGGAGUCUUGUGAGGAGAAAACAGGUGGAUUCUGCUCAUUCUAAGUCAUCAUCUGCCUCAGGGAGUGGUCAUCAUCAAUUGGCCAAGGCUUUAACUGUGCCUCAUCUUAUUGCCAUAGGAGUUGGUUCCACUAUUGGUGCUGGAGUUUAUAUUCUUGUUGGCACGGUUGCUAGGGAGCAUUCAGGACCAGCCCUUACUUUUUCUUUUCUAAUAGCUGGUAUAGCAGCUGCUCUUUCAGCCUUCUGCUAUGCUGAGCUAGCAAGUCGUUGCCCAUCAGCUGGGAGUGCCUAUCAUUAUUCUUACAUAUGUGUUGGAGAAGGUGUUGCUUGGCUAAUUGGUUGGGCGUUAAUAUUGGAAUACACUAUUGGAGGCUCUGCAGUUGCUCGUGGCAUAUCUCCAAAUUUGGCCUUACUUUUUGGAGGAGCAGAUAGUCUCCCUUCUUUUCUGGCUCGCCAGACCAUCCCAGGGCUUGGUAUUGUGGUGGACCCAUGUGCAGCUAUUUUGGUAUUUUUAGUCACUGGUCUCUUGUGUGUGGGCAUCAAGGAGAGUACAUUUGUUCAAGGAAUUGUGACAGUAGCAAAUACUUGUGCCAUGAUCUUUGUCAUUAUAGCUGGUGGAUAUUUGGGUUUCAAGACUGGAUGGCCCGGCUAUGAACUUCCUGUUGGAUAUUUUCCAUUUGGGGCUGAUGGCAUGCUUGCUGGAGCUUCGACUGUUUUCUUUGCAUACAUUGGGUUCGAUUCAGUUGCUAGUACUGCAGAAGAGGUAAAAAAUCCUCAACGAGAUUUACCCAUGGGUAUUGGUAUUGCACUAUCUAUAUGUUGCACAUUGUAUAUGUUGGUCUCUGCUGUAAUUGUUGGUUUGGUGCCGUAUUAUGCUAUGGAUCCUGACACUCCCAUCUCGUCUGCAUUUGCUAGCCACGGAAUGAAGUGGGCAGCAUAUAUAGUUACUGUUGGAGCUUCUACUGCUCUUUGCUCAACAUUGAUGGGUUCUAUCUUACCACAGCCUCGAAUACUUAUGGCAAUGGCUAGAGAUGGAUUGCUGCCAUCAUUUUUUUCUGAUGUCAAUAAACACACUCAAGUUCCUGUUAAGAGCACUGUAGUUACUGGUUUACUUUCUGGAAUCUUGGCAUUCUUCAUGGAUGUUGAACAGUUGGCAGGCAUGGUUAGUGUUGGUACACUAGUUGCCUUUACAGUGGUGGCAAUUUCUGUGCUGAUACUGAGAUAUGUUCCUCCGGAUGAGGUUCCACUUUCUCCAUCUUUCCAGGAAGCAAUAGAUUCAGUUUCAGUGCGGUAUAGUAGCAGCAGUUCUAAGGAGGUUGAUGUGGAGAACAUAAAAACUGAUGAUAUAACAUCAAGUGAUAGAAUUCCACUUUUAGUUGGCAAGCAAACACCUGUUGGAUGCAACUUUGAGGUGAAUGAAGCCAACAGGCGGAAGAAAGCUGGCUGGACAAUCAUGGUUACAUGCAUUGGAGUGCUUGUCCUAACUUCUGCAGCUUCAAGUGUGAGCCUUUAUAGCUCCCUUAGAUUUACACUGUGUGGAAUUGGUGGCGUUCUCCUUUUAUCUGGUCUAGUAUUGCUCACAUGGAUUGACCAAGAUGAUGCAAGACACAACUUUGGGCACUCUGGAGGUUUCAUUUGCCCAUGGGUUCCACUGCUGCCGAUCGCCUGCAUUCUCAUCAAUGUCUACUUAUUGAUUAAUCUGGGAGGCGCUACUUGGGCCCGUGUAUCAAUAUGGUUAGCCAUAGGAGCGGUGGUUUAUCUUUUCUAUGGCCGGAAGCACAGCUCAUUGCGAUAUGCAGUUUAUGUUCCAGCAGCCCAUGUUGAUGAAAUCCAUCAAAGCUCGAGAAACUCUCGGUCGUAAUCCUAUACGACCAUUGGGGUUUAAGACUCUCCAAGUUCAGGUUUCUUAUACGAUGAAGGAACUGAUGAAGUAGAACUUUUUAGCCUAAACUUGGGCAGCCAGUUUGUGUGGAUAAAGAUAUCGUCUCGUGUUUCACAUCUCAGAAACACUCAUAAACUAUUCUAAUACGUCAUCUUUUACGACCUCGAAAGUGGACAAGGAAGAAAGUAAAAAUGAAAAUUUGUAAAUAUAUUUUUACGUUAGUUAGUUCGUUUGAUCUGUCUGUACGAUAUAUAGUACUUACGUAACAAUUAUGUGUGAUCUUGAAGUUGAUUGAACUUUUUUAGGAACUCUAUUAUGAAUUUCAGUCAUUGUGUUGUUUUUGUUAA